GGAUGAUGAUUUUCUUAGAAGCACAUACUCUAUGUCACUUUUGGACUUUAAACUAAGCCAGAACACACUACACUCAUAGUUGCAUUUGAGAUUGAGAGAUUGAGAAUCAAUAACUUCAAGAGUACCAAGAAAAUAAACCACACAGUGCAGAAGAGAUGGCUUCCAUGACCAUGACAGCCUCAUUCCUAGCCUCAACCAUCACCAAACCUUCAACUCCCCGCCGGAGCCUCAUUGUGGCCAAGGCCUCAAGAGCCCCAGAAGCCGAAAAGGUCACCGUGGAACUGAAGCAGAGCAAGGAAGAGAGCAGCAGUGGGAGGAGGGAUUUGAUCUUUGCUGCUGCGGCUGCAGCUGCCUGCUCCAUUGCCAAGGUUGCUAUGGCUGAUGAACCUGAGCGUGGGACUCCGGCAGCUAAGAAGAAGUAUGCUCCGGUUUGUGUCACAAUGCCUACUGCUCGUAUCUGCCGCAAGUGAGAAGAUUUCAAUCAAUGUUGUAAUAUAUCUGUAGAAGCUGUGUAAUCUGCUAUUGUUUCUUUUCUUGGCACAAUCCUGUUUAUCUGGUUUCUUCCUCUUCUUCGAUAAAUGCAUGAGAAACUCAUGUGAGAAUGUCUUUUACUUGAAACAAUAUUCACCACUUCUGCAUCCUUGAACCACCAAGUUCAGCAGCUCUCUUUAAUUUCUGUAUGUAACCCUAAUGGUAAGCAUUACAGUAAAGGAGACUGCACAAGUCUCAAAGACUUCACAACCGCAUCCAAAAUGGUGCAAGAUCAUUAUGGACUUGAUGUAGUUGGUUCAUAGUUUUGCUCAUUAUAAAUUUAAAAUCCAUCUUUUACCUCAA